AAAAGGAAAAAUGGCCGGUGUACAAAAUGAAAUCGGCGACAGCGACACUAUAAAAAACGAAAUAUCUAAAGAAUUACGCGAUAAAGCAAACGAGUUCUUAAACAAUAAACUUAAAGCUAACAAUCUAGUAGACAUUGUGGUAUAUUUAGAGGUAUGUCUUAAUAAUAAGCAACCAAUCAUUCCUGGUUUAUUAACAUUAGAAGUGGUCUUCACUGAACUUUUGAAAAGGAGAGACUUUUGUGAAAAUAAAAACGCCUUAGAUGGUAAAGUGCAAACAGCAAAGUCUGAAGCGUUAAUUAAAUAUUGCGCUUGGUUAAGAGAACGUUAUGAAGAUUCUAUGGCACUUAUGUUGAAGGCUAUAGAUUCUGAGAAGGAAUUUGAGAGCGUACAAGCUUUAUCUAGUUGCAUGAAAUUGUUGGCAGCCGAAGGAAAAUAUCCCCUGGAUGGCGCAGAAGCUCAAUUCCCUCAAUUACGUUUACACAAUAUUCUUCAAAAACUCCUUUCGGUUGACCGUUUGCAUUUGAAUACUAUCCAACAUUUAAAAGAUUAUACCGUAAAUGUGGAUUUUGUACAAUAUUGUUGGCGACUAUUGCAACACAAUUUAUUAAAAAAGUCUACAUUAAAGCAUGAAACUUUUGCUUUGAACUUUCUGGAAUUAAUACACACGUUGCCGGUAUCCAAAGAGCUAUUUGAACAAAAUAAACGUUUAUGCCCUUUCCCGGAAAAAGCGUUGCCCGCUUAUGGUGCAACACGAAAGCAUAUCAAUAAAGUGUGGAACAAUUUAAUGCAAUGUGUGGGACCAGACAUGUUGGAAAUCGUGCAUAAGAAACUAUUAAUCAUACUUUUAGAAAGGAUAUUACCACAUUUAGACAAACCCAUUUUACUAACAGAUUUUCUAAUGGAUUCUUUAGAUUGCGGAGGCGCCGUUUCACUUCUAGCUUUGCAGGGAAUGUUUACAUUGAUUCAGAAGCACAACAUAACUUACCCGAAUGUCUAUGAAAAAUUGUAUUCCAUGUUUGAACCCGAAAUAUUCCACACUAAAUUCAAAGCUCGCUUAUUCUAUUUGGCUGAUAUUUUUUUGAGUUCGACACAUUUACCUGAAGGAUUGGUUGCAGCAUUUGUUAAGCGUUUAGCACGUUUGAGUAUUGUUGCUCCACCACAAGACGCCGUUAUUAUAUUGUAUUUCAUUGGAAACUUACUGAUGCGUCAUACCGGAUUAAAAAGAUUGAUAUGUGCCCCAAACGAAGUUGAAGUAUCUCGUGAUCCUUACGUAAUGGAAGAGCGUCAGCCAGUGAAGGCAAAUGCUUUGGAAAGCUCUUUGUGGGAGAUUGUCGCUUUGCAAAAGCAUGCGCUACCAACGGUUGCAGCAGCUGCCAAAUUUAUCAUGCAACCUCUGCCCAAAAACGAAUGGGACUUGUCUUCAGUCUUAGAAAUAAAAGAGGACGAUAUUUUUGACCAAGAAAUCAGUAAAAGAUCCAAACAAUAUGCGAUGGCUAUUGAAAAGUCGCAAGCACUAUUCCUGCCAAAAAAUGAUUUAUUUCAGCAAAAUUGGUGCCUGAUCUAAACUGUUAGCCAAUAAUAAAAAUAUUUAAAAAAAUUGUUAUUUAUAGCCUGGAAUCUUUAAUUUUUUGA